UCGGGCUGACCAGCUCCCCUACCUCCCAUGCUCCCCUCCGUCUUGCUCGUCGCAUGGUGCCACCCGUCACCCAGUCUCCCACGUUCUGUUUGUCAUUGCUGGGGGCCGCUUCUCUCGGAUGUGAGCCAGGAUUAGUCGCUUACCGCCAGGCUAAAGCGGCCUCAUGCAGGUCGUCACACAAUCCCACAGCUGUCAUUGGCUGGGUCUCUUGGAAACCUUCCAAACUCGUUUUCAGCCGCUAGCCUAUCAGGGGCUCGCGCCGCUCAGACUGGCAGGCUGGGGUUGCGCCGACCAGCAGGGAUUGGCCGAGUGGCCGAUUAAAUAUGGGGCAACCGACCAGGGUCCAGGGACCGAUCACCUGCAGAGGGCGGCAACUGGGCCAGGAUUGCAGGUCUCCCCUCAGUCGAGUCCGGCUGUCGAGGGUGUUUUCUUGCGCAAACUGCAGCUCUUGCCGCUGACCAGAUCGCACCCUCGCCCUCCAACCCCCUGCCGGCCCAGCUUGGUGUGGCCGGCCGGCCUAUCACAGCGCAGCCGACGAUGAGUGCCACGGCGGCCAGGCCCAAUCAGUGCCUCGCGCCUGCAGAUGGCGGUUCCGGCAUGGCACACUCCCAGCUGGGGCGGCAGACGACGGGCUCCCAGCUCCUCACCCCCCUCGAAUGCCUCCUCGCGCCGCUCCUGCCUCCCAGGGUGGGCGACCCGCGCACACUUCCCGUCGAUCCGCUCAGGAUCACCCUCCUCCUUGUUUCCACGACAGCGUUGUGCGACUGCAAGAGCUUCGGGACUAGACCAACAAGUGAGCUGGCCACCGGAAAACCAAGACUAGCGGCGCCUCGCAAACACGGCAUCGAGAAGCACAACCGCCGACGCACCUCAGACUCGCAACAUCACGCGCUGGGCCUGGGCCGAUCGUGCAGAGAGGGCCAGCCUGUGUAA